CUUGGCCGCUCUGCAGUUUUGACAAAAACUUUUUACCUGCUUUUAUUAUUAUUAUUAUUUGUGGAGCCGAGCAGUCGAAGCGACAGGAUCUGGACAGAGAAGCCACCAUGGCACCACCGCCGCUGCCUCCUCUCGCGGCCAAUAUCCCCCAGCCGCCGCUGGCCUCCGCUCCACCGCCACCGCCAACGGGGCAAAACAUAGCGCCCUCGGGAGCGUUUCCGGGCUCACUGACACCCGGCUGGAAUGAUCCGCCACCACUUGCGGGCGAUGCCCUGACCCCCAAUGCCAACAACCGCCGUCCACGCCUCGAUCUUCGCAAGCGCGUGGCCCAUCCGCUGGACGGCAAGUCCACCGGCCUGGUGAGCAUGGGUCCACCUCCAAUGGACGCCGCCUCACCCCGUCCCGUGGCCAUGGUGCCGCCACAUCGCCAGAGCUCCCAGCCCGAGCUUAACCAUACACUGGGCGGAUCACCGGAUGUAUUCGUUGGAGGCGCUGCCCCCAAUGCCAACGCCAAUGCCAAUCCCAUGCGCCUUCCACCAUUGCCCCAGGCGAUCGGCAUCGAUUCCUCCAAGGUGCCAGUGGCCAGGGUGCCAGUGGCCAAGGUGCCACCAAGACAGAAAUAACACGUAGAUGUCGCCUAGUUAAGGGCCUAGAUUAAGGAACUCCAAAACACUGUGUUCUCGGGCUGGCUGCCAAAUUCAUUAUUUUUCUACAUAAUCCAAUUAAGACACCUCACGAACAAUACAAAACGCAAAUGGCUGGGCUGUUGGGGCAACACGAACUCAGAAAUAAAGGUUAUAAAUUAGAAUUUA